UAAAGGAAUUAGGGAAAAACAAAAAAGACAGCUUGAGAAAAAUAAGGAAGAGAAAGAAAGCAGUGUGAAAAACAAUUAAGAAGGGGAGAGAUUUAGAUUGAUGAGGUGACAGCUUUUAUGAUUAGCAAGACUAAUUUCGGAUUUUCACGUUACCUCAAAUUUGAAGUAGACCUUUAAAAUGGAAACUGCAAGGCGCUGGUUUAGAAAGCGUUGGUUAAAAAAGAAGGAAGCUACAAGCACGUCAAAUGAUCAUCAGUGUUUGGCGCUGGACUUAGUAAAUGAGGAACCACCUUCAAAUGAAACUAAACUGAAGGUUGAAGCUGCGAAGCAUUUCGUAGAAAGUUAUUAUAAGAACCAGAAGCAGAACCAGCAGGAGAGGAAAGAAAGACGUAAUAUCCUAGAAAACAAAUUGGCCGAUGCUGAAGUAUCCAAGGAAGACAAGAAAAACUUGCUUAAGAAUUUUGAGGAAAUGGAGACAGAAAUCAUGCGCCGUCAGAGACUUAAGAUGGGUGCUGAUGACUUUGAGCCACUGACUAUGAUUGGGAAGGGUGCAUUUGGAGAGGUUAGAAUCUGUCGGGAGAAGACAACUGGUCAGGUAUAUGCCAUGAAGAAGCUUCAGAAAUCAGAGAUGCUUCGAAGAGGACAGGUUGAAUAUGUCAAAUCUGAAAGGAACCUUCUUGCAGAAGUUGAUAGCAAUUGCAUUGUAAAACUUUAUUGUUCCUUUCAAGAUGACGAGUAUUUAUAUCUCAUAAUGGAGUAUCUACCCGGUGGAGAUAUGAUGACGUUGCUGAUGCGGAGAGAAGUACUGACUGAAAAUGAAGCUAAGUUCUAUAUCGGGGAGACUGUGCUAGCCAUAGAGUCUAUUCAUAAACAUAAUUAUAUUCAUAGAGAUAUCAAGCCCGACAACUUGCUUCUGGAUAGAAAUGGUCACGUGAAAUUAUCAGAUUUUGGAUUAUGUAAGCCGCUAGACUGCAGUAACCUUCAGGAAAAAGACUUAUCUGAUGGAGUUAACAGAAGUGGUGUCCUUCAAAGUGAUGAACUUACUUUAUCUCCCAACCAAUCACAACAGCAGCAACUGGAGCAUUGGCGGAAAAAUCACAGCAGAAUGCUGGCCUAUUCUACGGUUGGAACACCUGAUUAUAUUGCUCCAGAAGUUAUUCUGAAGAGAGGAUAUGGCGUGGAAUGUGACUGGUGGUCUCUUGGAGCCAUAAUGUAUGAAAUGCUUGUAGGGUAUCCACCAUUUCAUUCAGACGAUCCAAGGACAACGUGUAGAAAGAUAGCACAUUGGAAAACUUACUUAAAAUUUCCAAAAGAUAAACUAUCACCAGAGGCAAAGGAUCUUAUUUGUCGUCUCCUAUGUAAUGUGAAGCAGAGGCUAGGAGCUAAAGGAGCUGAUGAAAUAAAGGCUCACCCAUGGUUCAAAGUAGUUGAAUGGGAGAAAUUGUACCAAAUGAGAGCUCCUUUUAUUCCUAAGGUCAAUGAUGAAUUGGAUACUCGAAAUUUCGAUAAAUUUGAAGAGGAGGACCAGAAAACUGAACCUUCGCCUAAGGCAGGUCCGUGGAGAAAGAUGCUUCAAUCUAAAGAUAUUAACUUUGUUGGUUACACAUACAAGAAUUAUGAAAUGGUGGAUGCAAAUGCAAUACCUGGAUUUGUUGAACUGAAGCAGAAGCCAAAACCUCAAAGGCCAUCUAUCAACUCGUUAUUUGAGGAUGAAUCAGCCGAGGCUUCUUCUCAUCAACCGGCUAGAGAGAGAGAAAUAUGAAUCACAAUGAUCCAAAUUAAUAUAUCUUACAGGUUUUCUAGUAGGCUAUGACCAAAUGCUGAUGACUUCUGUUGUAUAGUACAUUCUUUGUUUGUUUGGUUUUUUU